CUGUACCGAAUCUUCCAAUACACUAUGUGUAUUCAACGAAUAAAGCAGAACACAAAUGCGAUGAAAUAAUAUUGAUAAUUCUGUCCGGAAUGAGGAAGUCUGACCAGUGGCCAUGAACAUGUCGCUCAGUCUGGUGGUGCUGUGUAUCGUUAUAGGAGUCAGUCGUUGUUGUUUUAUCAAUCCCUGUAACUUUGGCGGGUUUUGUCAGAAUGGGGGCACCUGUUCUUUGAGGGAGGACUGUGUGGCCGUUUGUGAGUGUCCCCCGGGGUACUCGGGAGAUAGAUGUCAGACUUACUCUAACGGGUCCACCAAUGACUGCGACUUGUGUCUGGAAAACCAAACCUGCGUCCAAUCACAAAAGGGUAAUAAUAGCUGGUCUUGUAUUACCAUGACAACUACAACUGUUUCCUUGGUAACAUCAGAUACAGUGGAUACCAAUAUUUCAAGGGAAGUUUGUUCCGUGGAUUAUGUAAACCGAACAAAGGCAGAAAGAACAUGCCUUGGUUUUGAAUGCACUUUUGGAUUCUGCAAUAAGAGUUACGAGUACGUUGGGGGUAUACAAAUGCUCACGGCUAAGUGUGUGUGUGACCCCGGAGCUACGGGGACAAAGUGCGAGUUUCAGUGUUGUCUGGACUGUGGCCACGGCUUCUGCCAGUACAGCAUCAGUGAAAAGGAGCCGUUCUGUAACUGUGAUCCUGAAUAUAUGGGGGAGAAGUGUUCUGAACUUAGACCAGUCAAAGGACACCAGACCUCUGACCCGGGGUGGUUGUGGUGGCUUGUUGGCGGCUGUAUUCUCGUUUUCCUCGUCCUAGUGCUACUGCUGGUGGCUGUUCCGUAUUGUCUCUGGAAGAAGAGAGUCCUUGUGGUCAUGAAAAUCGCUUACUUCUUCCAGCCUUACGAGGACAACGAUGAUAAGGUCUGGGACGCCUUUGUCUCCUAUAAAUCGGCCGGUCCAGAUGAGGACUUUGUGUUACACAAACUACAGCCUGUUCUGGAGGAUCAGCUAGGGUUCAGGCUUUGUCUUCAUUACAGGGAUUUCGUCAUAGGGGCAGCAAUAUUUGAAAACAUCAUUGAGGCAAUCAACAACAGUAGACGGACCAUUUUGGUUUUAUCUCCACGUUUCCUGAACAGCGAGUGGACACGCUAUGAGUACCAGGUGGCGCUUCAGGAGAUGUUAAAGAAAAAACACAGAAUCAUACCCGUGAUCCUCGAAGAUAUAUCUGAUGUUGAAGAUAUUGACGAGACUCUGAAGCAAAUCUUGUCUUCUAUAACCUACAUAAAAUGGCCAGACACGGAGAAGAAAGAAAAACAUUUCUGGAAAACUCUCCAGUUAUCUCUUCCAAAGAGGAGGAUGGAAAUAAGCUCGGGUUCGGACAGUACAGGGGUCAGAAGCCCGGGUUCGGACAGUACUGAGGUCAGCUGUAUAGAACCCCCGAGUCCAGUAGACAGCCAACCAACUAGUCUGUCCUCAACUGACAAUGUGAUAAACAGUCCAUCAAAAGAUGUCAUUUCUGACAUCAAUGGCGUGAAUAUAGAGGUCAUCACUGACUCCUACAUAUAUAAUAACAUCGCAUACGUAAAUAACAUUGAAAGAUCCAAAUCCAGCACAAUAACAAACUCGAGUAAAGAUCCAAAUCUUCAGUUUCUUGGGGAAAAGCUAUGACAGUGUUGUCGUAAGAUAUUGUCAAAAGGGAAUGAUGGAGUGAAAUAUUUGUGGAAUGAAUUCCCAGAUGCUAUAGACAGCGGGAAUAAUCAAGAUUAUGUCUAUUUUUUAAAAAAUACUAAUUCAGGUUAGCUCCCUUUCAAUGGUUCUAACAUUAUGAUGGAUCUGAAUUUAAAAUAACAAGCAUGUAUUUAAAUUUCAGACUGUUUUCGAUAUUAAGAAACACAGUAUCGUAUUCUCAAAGUUUUUAAGGUGAUCCUAUAAGGAAACGCAUCAAAUUUAACAGUCAAGAAUUUGGUUCAUCGUCACGUUACCACAUGUGGAAUGAAAACAUGUUUAACUGCUAUAUCAAAAUAAGACUUGGAAUCAAAUAUCACGUGCAUUAAUGUUUUAAAGUACUGUGAAAUCACUAUUUUCCUGUGGGUUUAAUUUUCGUUUGGUUUUCAAGGCAUGAAGAGACCCACGAAUUUAUGUCCACCACGAAAUGAAUUUUUCACAUAUAUUACUACUGAACAACUCUUCAACCACGAAAUCAAACCACCAGGAACCAAUGUUUUUCUCAAUCCACGAAAAUUUUAUCCCUCGAAAGUAUGUAAUUUUACAGUAUCUUACUAUCUUGGCUUUCAAAGAGGACAAAGAGUUAGUUUUACCAAAGAAUUAUACUUCAUGGCAAACAAGAUUUUCAUGAGUUAUUACUGGAAUGUUAUACUAUCUUUGUUUUCUCUUUUUUCCCAUUGUCUGCCAUAUCAUAAUAGGUAUUUUAGCUGUAUACAAACAUUGUGAUGUAAAUAAAUU